UCAAAGACGAGGAUCUUCAAAUAUUUUCCGCCUCAUUGCCGCCCCUGAAGCUCGCAAUGGAUUUGUCCGCCAGGUUCAUCGCUGCUGCCGUAGAGCACGAGAGCCCCUCUCGUCUUGCACAUUGUUCAUCACUCCCCGUUCAGAGUCGCCGUCGCGUUCCCACUCCCAACCCUAGAGGGAAUUGUGACCCCGAAAUCGGUGCGUUGCGUUGGUUUUGCUUGGCAGACACGAGCAAGAAGCAUGAGGCGACUCGAUCGAUCGGGUUCAAUCAGUGCACGAGGUCGGCUGCUUCUGUGAUUAUUGGAUCCUCCGGUCUAAUUCUGGUCUUCCCUCGAUGAUGAGGACGAGUGCGUGGGAAGGCCAUGCAGUAUGUAUGAUUGCUGAGCAUAUGACCCAAUGCACGUGCUGAUGAGUUGUUCGACCUGCAACGAUGGGCGAGGGCUUGGAUGCUGCUCGAGAAGAAGUACGAGAAAUCUGGAGUUCAAUCUCAUGUUUAGGGCAGGGUUGUGGGUUGAGACUCGUAAGAAAUGUUUGAGCAACUUGUCGAAUUUCCUAGACGAAGAUCGGACAUAAGAUUUUGGUGGUGGUCGUGAUAUCACGGAAGAACAAAUGCAACUUCAGUUUUUGAGCGAUCAGUUAGGUCUCAGGGCCGAAGAACUCGAGAGGAAUAUGGCCCUGAAGAAGCUGAUGGACGAUGAGAUGUGGACGAAGCGGAGCGCCUUGAUGAUGUGGACGGCCGGGUUCAUGCGAUUGCUGCUCGUUGUCUAUGCCGAGUGGCAUGAUGCGCACCUCGAGGUUCCGUACACGGACAUAGAUUAUUACGUGUUCUCUGAUGCGGCAGCUCUGAUUCAUCUAGGGAAAUCUCCUUUCGACAGAGCCACAUAUCGCUACACUCCGCUGCUAGCUCUCGUUCUGCUCCCAAAUUCCACGCUCCAUCGAUGUUGGGGGAAAUUGUUGUUCUCCUUCGCAGAUUUAAUUGUUGCUCUGUUGAUACGCAAGAUUUUGAACCUCAGAGGGGUAUCCGAGCGGCAAUGCUUCAUAAGUGCUGCUACAUGGUUAUUCAAUCCGUUUACUUUUACGGUGGGCACUCGGGGAAAUUGCGAAGCCCUUGUAUGUGCUAUGAUACUCUGGCUUCUGCUCUGCAUCAUGUCUGGGCGCGUCAUCCAAGCGGCGUUCUGGUUUGGAGUAGUGGUGCACGUGAGGAUAUACCCGAUUAUCUACGUGCUUCCAGUUCUACUUCUUCUCGACGGAGACUAUGUGAAGAUGGUAGGAAAGGGUUCUAGCAACGAUCCAGGUGCCUCUUCUCGGUUAAAGCACUCACUUCGGUCGUUUUUUAACUGGCCGAGAGUGGUGUUCGGAGCAGUAUCAGGGUCUGUAUUCUUCGCACUGUGUGGACUUUUCUACUUCAUAUACGGCACGCAGUAUCUACACGAGGCCUUGUUCUACCACCUCACCCGAAGUGACCACCGCCACAACUUCUCGAUCUACUUCUACUCCAUCUACUUGAACGACGAUGUUGGCUUGACUCUGGCUCAGCGGCUCCUGGCAUUCGUCCCCCAAAUGUCAGUGCAGUUGGUGCUGGUCGCCUUCUUCGCCAAAGACUUGCCGUUCUGUUUCUUCCUGCAAACGGUCGCAUUCGUCACGUUCAACAAGGUCAUAACCGCCCAGUACUUCGUCUGGUUUUUCUGCCUCCUGCCUUUGAUUCUGCCCUUCACUAGUUUGAAGCUGCGGUGGGGAGGGGCAGCUCUUAUGUCUGUUUGGACGGGCGCUCAGGUGCAUUGGCUCGGAUGGGCUUAUCUGCUGGAGUUCAGGGGGAAGAACACGUUCCUGCCGCUGUGGGUUGCCAGCAUUAUUUUCUUCGCAGCCAAUAUUGUCGUCAUGGUGACCAUUAUCCGGCAUCACUCUUUCUGCCCCAUGUUUCAGGGCGGUGUGCUCAGCUAUGCUCGCCUGAAGAGUAGGAGGAUCAAAGGUGAGUGAGCACAUCACCGUGUGACGUGAAUGGUUAAGCUCCUCGAUGGAGACGAUUGCGGGUGACACCCAGACACGGAUCUCUCUUUACAAGUUUGGAUCUGUGAAAUUUGGGAUCACCCUUCGAUAAAUUUAGGCAGGAAGCAAGGUCUGACCAACAAGCGGUUCCAAGAGUUUAGCAGAAAUUUUGAUGUAUUCAUUGUUCUGAGGUCGUGCCUGGGCCUCGAGAGAUUCGCUCGGCCACGAGGGUCAGUCAUUCAGGAGGGCUAGUUUGAGGGACGGACACUUUUGCAAAGCUCUUUGGGCCCGAAUGAGGGUUUCUACACUGAUCCGUUUUCUUCCACAUAGUUUGUAGAGAAUGUGCCGGGCUGAACAAAGACCGAUGAAUGAGCUUGGAUGCAACGAGGUCAUAGGGAGAGAGCGACUUUUGUCUAACUUCCCAAGCGGCAUGUCUACGGGAGGUAACACUUGCCGUACUGAUUGGAAUGCAAGAAGCAGAGAAAGUAUCUCGAAUACGAGACCUGCAAAUACACACUGAACAAACCAUGCAAGAAUCUGACAGAAUUGCCUCAGGAUCUUGUAAUACACAUCCUCCAGUCCCUGCAAAUUGGAGGCAUGAAUAUGUCUGGAGUAUAGUAACCCUGUUGUCUUUGUCUCAGUAAGAACAUCCUUGUAUGCAUAUAUCCUUAUCCCAGCUGGCUUUCACCUCCUCAAACAGCUCAAAUUGUUUAUGGGAAUAGUGCUCAACGACGAUAGCUUUCUUCAAGAGCACUUUCUGAUGUACACGGCCUGACGAUAUUGGACUCAAUGUCCACUUUGGUGAGUUUAGGUUGGAAGGCAUGUCUAGAUCUAGGAUAUCUAGGUCACUGACGAGGUUUGCAUCAGGGUAUCUAAUCGGG